AUGUGUAAACCAUCGCCUCUCGAAGAAUGUGCUCAACGAAUAUGCUCUGCUUCACGAGUCAUCUCACUUUACCAUGCCUCUGAAGGCAAGCUUCAAUCAUCAUUCUCACCCGAGUCAACAAGCAUCACCAUUCCAGAAGAUGCUCCUCCAAGCGUUAUGGACGCUCGACAAACAAUCGUCUCAGCCGCUGCCACUAUUCAGCAAUUGAUGGAAGAGCCAACUGAGUAUCUGCCAAAUUUACAAGUCCAUUACCAACAUCUCUCCUGUCUCCGUUGGCUAUGUCACUUCAACGUGAUGGCUUGCAUACCACUUACGGGCUCAGUUCCAUACUCCGAGAUUGCCACAGUCGCAGGUGUGCCUGAGAUCCAGCUGAGGAGUGUUUGCCGCAUGGCAAUGACAAGCAAUCUGCUUUGCGAGCCAAAGGUAGGAGAAAUCGCACACAACGCCGUCUCCAAAACUUUUGUUGGCAAUCCCGGUCUGGUAGACUGGGCGCUUUUUAUGACGCAAUUUUCUAUGCCGACUGCUGCAAAGAUGGUCGAGGCUACUGAGAAAUGGGGGAGUACGAGUAAGAAAAAUGAGACAGCUUUUAACCUCGCAAUGGAUACUGAUUUACCUCUGUUCGACUUUGUCAAAAAGUCACCUGAGAUGACGAAGCAAUUCGCUGGUUACAUGAGGAACGUACAGAGUAGCGAAAAGACGCACAUUCGACAUCUUGUGUCGGGUUAUGAUUGGAAAAGCCUAGGUAAUGCAGUCGUGGUUGACGUUGGUGGAUCAACGUGCAGCUCAUCCAUAGCCCUCGCGACCGCUUUCCCCAAUCUUCGUUUCGUAGUCGAAGACCUGCCUGAGACAGUCGAGAAUAGCAAACAGAUCCUCGCUGCCCUCCCAGAGUCGAUCCGCUCAAGAAUCACCACUUGUGGCCAUAAUUUCUUCACGCCUCAACCCGUUACAACCGCUCAAAUCUAUCUCUUACGCAUGAUUCUUCACGACUGGCCAGCGGCGGAAGCAAUCACCAUUCUAUCCAACCAUCUCGAAGUGCUGAAGGCCAACCCCUCCGCGAGGUUAUUGGUCAUGGACACCGUGCUCCCCGUCUCGGGAUCUGUGCCCAAGAAUGAGGAAGCGCUGCUGAGAGUGAGAGAUUUGGCUAUGGUGCAGGCUUUCAAUAGUAAGGAGAGGGAACUAGGUGAGUUUGAGGAUUUGUUCGAGAGGACUAGGGAUGCGGAGGGGGGAUUGGUGUUGAAGAAUACCUUUAAGCCUACGGAGUCGGUUAUGACGGUUAUGGAAGUGGCGUAUGAGAGAACUGUAGCGUCGAGUCGCUCUUCGGGUAUUUCAAACGGACACAACGGGAAUGUGAUACCCCUUCCAGGGAUAACGGUCUAG